AUGGAGAAAAGAAGAAUAAUCGUCUCAAUUGACUUUGGAACAACGUAUUCUGGAGUAUCCUGGGCCGAGACAAGCCGACCUGAUGUUCAACAUGUCGUAUCGAGCUGGCCUGCCAUUGACGGCCUGAGAAGUAGUCUCAAAGUACCUACAGAGCUACGAAAGUUAGCUACAGGAUGGCAGUGGGGUUUCCAAAUUCCCGAAGAUGCCAAACGAUAUCGCUUCUUUAAGCUGAAACUGGACGAGCCAGAUAGGCCAAGCCGAGAUGGAGAUACGCCAUUAGAACUGGCCAGAAUCUACCUCUCGUGUUUGCAUGACCACUUCAUCGGUAUCUUGGAAAAGAAGCUUUCGCGCGCAGUUGUUCAAAUGACACCUAUGGACUUUGUCGUUACGGUGCCCGCAAUUUGGUCCAACACGGCAAAGCAAGCCACCGAACGAGCGGCCGCCAUGGCCGGUUUUUGUGGCAACAAAAGGAUCCUCCUCAUUUCAGAGCCAGAAGCUGCGGCUCUGUACACAAUAAAACACCUCGGCCCGUCAGUCCUGAAGCCGGGCAAGAAUUUUGUACUUUGCGAUGCCGGAGGCGGCACAGUCGACCUGAUAUCAUAUGAGGUAUCGCAUUCUGGUAAUUUGGCAGUGAAAGAAAUAACUGAAGGCACAGGCGGAAAAUGCGGCUCCGCCAUGCUGAACAAGAGAUUCAGAAGAUAUCUUAAACAAACACACGGCGACAAAUAUUGGACCAAUGAGCGUCUGAUAUUGGCAAUUGCUGAAUUUGAGUCGUUCAAGAAAGACUUCUCUCCAAAGGGAGAACCCCUCACGAUCCGUGUUGAUGAGAGCCUCGGCCUCAAGCGCAAUCGGUUCACCAUAUCGCAAACCGACAUGACAACCAGAAUUUUCACACCAAUCAUGAAAGAUAUUAUUUGCCUGAUCAAGGAACAGAUUGGACUGGUCGCUGACGAGAUUGCCGCAGUGGUACUGGUUGGUGGCUUCGGUGAAAGCUCAUACUUGAAGUCGGAAGUAAAAGCAGCCCUUGCACGCAACACUCCAGUGCUGCAACCCGAUAACGGCUGGAUAGCUGUGGUCAAGGGAGCAGUCAUACACGGCCUGGGAUAUUAUCAUCCCAGCUUGACCCAAGUGCAAAUCGUAUCGAGAAUAGCCAGGCGCUCCUACGGUACCUGUCUUCUUGCUGCGUAUGAUAUGUUGCGGCAUGACCCUAAGGAGGCGGUUUGGUCUCCAAAGGAAGGCGAGAUGGUGGUUGCCGAAAUGUGCUGGUUUAUCAGAAAGGGCGAGUCUUAUACGGAAGGAAUACCUACCGCCAUUGAUUAUCAGUGCGAUAUACCUGUUUCGUCUGGUCCUGUUCCGCAAACAGAAAUCGAGAUUUUCUGCAACGACGAUCCUGAGCCGCCGAUCCAUUGCACUUCAAGGACGACGUGCAUUGCAACGCUAGCACUGAACCUAGACAAAAUCCCAGUGUCUACCAAGAACGCCGCAGGAGUAACUCGGAUUGGCAAUCAUAGGUACUUUUGCCUGACCGGUGCCAUAGAGGCUAGCUACGGCUCAGCCAUGAUUACUUAUAAGGUCAAGCUGGGAGGCGUGACACACGAUGCUCUCACGGUGCGAUAUGAGAAUCAAGGGCUCGGAGUGGAAUAG